UUAGAAUUAGUAAGUUUUACUGGGUGUCAGACAACAGAGGCUCGUGAUUGGCUAUAUCCUGACGCAUUGAAGGUGACGCUCGGUGACGUUGCAGAUGUCUGUGCUUUACCUGGAGCGGCUAGCAAGAGUGAAAAAGUUGUAUUGAACCGAUUCGGCGGACAUUUUAUAUACUUUUGGUCGGAUUUUGUGUCAUUCGAGAGGCUGUGAGCACAGAAGGUACCACGGAAAACGGCACUGCACUAUAGGGGGAGAGAGGAGGACAGUAUCGCGCUUCAACGGAGGAGAGAGGAGGUCGGCAACUACUCGCGCGGGGAAGAGACGAAGGCAGCACCGCGGGCCAGUGGGGAAGUGAGGACGGUAACAGGUGGCUGUCUGCUGAAUCUGGACGUAAGGUGCUGCUGGUGAGACGUGGGAAAGUUCGUUUUCAUCCAGUUCUGAAAUUUUUCACGUUUUGCUUUUCAUUGGAUUUUUUUUGUCAAGUCAUGAGGCGGGCGUUUUAGCUGGUUAGCUAACUCUGCUAAGAUAGCUAAAAGCGGGAGCAGUAACAUUAGCUGUAAGGGAUGGAUGACCACAACCUGGAAGGAGCUCGCCAGGUCAUGAUCAGUGAAAUGAUGAAGAGAAAGCCAAAUGGACCCCUCAUCAAGAAGGAGAUGGAUGUGACGUUUGCUCUUCGGAGAAAAGAAGUUGUCAUAGACAAGCCUGCCAUCAGCCAGAUAAUACGUCGAUGGCCAGCUCUAUUCACAGAAAGCCAGGUUUGUUAUGAGUUCAACAGAGUGGUGGGGAAAAAUCUUAGAGAGAACUUCUUUGAUGCACUUGACCAUCUCUCCCCAAGCCUGAUGGACCUCUUCAGGAAGAAGAAGGGCCUCACUGGCCAGCUUUUGGCUGAGCUUUUACAUCAGACAAAGACCACCGAACCAACAGACAUCAGGUGCCUCUGUCUUCGAGGACUGGCAGUCAUCUUGGGGGAUGAUCCAUCUGCUUUCUUCAAGACCUCCUCCGAUGCAACUGACAAAGACUCCUACAGUCAGACUUCAGUGGGAAUCCUCUGCAUUGGUCAAGAAAGUUCUCAGCUCAACCCAUCCAGAGUGGGGAUCAUCUUGGAGGGGACUGUGGUAAUGGAUGAACUGGCAAACCUGCCUCAGGCCUUCUAUGUCCUUUUUGGCCUGAUUUAUGCCCUGCACCUUGACUACCCCAAGUGUAUGAAAAAUACCUUCCACUUUGUUCAGCAGGUAAUGUUCAACCUGGGUAAAAGUGAGCUGGCACCCAAAAUACAAACCUUGAAAAAUCAGCUCUCAGAGUAAAACAGGGUUCGAAUAGGUAAACUACUGCUCCAGAUAUUCAGCACACUUGUAUACUAACAUGUUUACUGGUGUGCUGUUUGCAGUGCAUGUUUUAUGGUGUUAGCACUGAUUUUACAGUUCUGUUUUACAAGGUCCCUGUUUGAUACAGACUUGCAGCAAAUAGGGUUAAAGGGAUAAUUUUUUAUUUUUUUUAUUUGGGGUUAUAUGAGGUACUUAUGACCUCCGCAGCUGCAGAUUUAUCCAAGCAGCAAGCAAGCAUACCAAAAAUUGCUUCAGGACACUUUUACGAAAGUGCUGAAAAGGUCUGAAUAAGUGUUAUAACUCUGAUGUAUUUGCCAUAAGUUAGAUGUUCACUUAAAUUUUCUCAAUGACCAGCUUUUAAAAAUUUCUAAACGUUUUUCCCAUCUUCACUGGGGCCAGGGAAAAGUUAACAUUGUUAUUGUGUGCAUUACACCAUCUUUGUUUAAUUGUGUAUUCAGACAUAUUCGGUCUCUCAGAAACAAGCAGAUGCUUUUAGUUGCCAAUUGUCUCCUGACAAUUCUCAUUUUCAAAUAUUUUUCUGUGUUCAAGUGAGUAAUUGUUAAAUGUUCAUUGGGACCAAACAGAGAUGUUACUAGGUGCUACUGUGUUCACUAACAAUGUAUAUUUUGCAUUUCAUAAUGGAAAUUUACAAAGGUUAUUCUCUCUGAGAAAAAAAAACAAAAUGCUGAGUACACUGUGAGCCUUUGCACUGUAUUUAUUUUUCAUUAGUAAUUUGUUUUAGAUUUUUUUAAAAUUUUUUUUUUACAAAGUUUAGUUUUUAGUUUUUUGAUUAUGUGGAGAUUUAUGUAACUGAUUUUUUUAAAUACGUGCAUUGCAGACAGUGUAAUGUAUGAUUGUCUCAUUUGUUGAACGUUUCUAAAAUAAAACAGAAAAAGAAUAUA